UUAUGAGGAAACUCGGAAACCAGCGAAAGACGAGUUAAAUGAGAUAUAUUUUGCAUCACACCAGUACGCGAGACGAGGAGACCAUGUAAUGAAGGUUAUCAAGAAUGUCACAGAGCAUACUGGCCGUUUCGCCGUUAUUAUUGUUGAUAUUAGUAUCGAUCCUGUUUCCGACAUAUGGAAAAAAUAUCGGAGAAGGAUGCAAUGUCGAUAAUACAAGCGAACAAGGUAUAUGCAAGCAUGUGCGAAACUGUUCAAUCGUUUACCAGCAAUUGUUGGCUGACAAAUUGCCGGAAAGUAUUUGCGGCUAUUCAGGUAUUGAUCCGAUAGUUUGUUGUCCAAUAUCACAAACUAUCGAAAUAACUCACACGGAAGUGAUGCGACCUUUGAAGGUGGAUAGCAGUAGAGGUUCGUUAGCGCGAGCAAAAUGUGCGGAAGCCGCGGAAGCUGUCUAUGGCUUGGUAUUUAGACCGGCCCUUGAUUCAAGACCCGUCAAUGGAUCGCGUUGCGCCUUAAACGCGCGCAAGCUGAUUGUCGGCGGCAUCAAAGCCGAUCCGAGAGAAUUUCCGCAUAUGGCAGCUAUUGGUUUCACCGACCCAAAAAGUCGGGCUAUCUCAUGGUCAUGUGGUGGCAGUUUGAUUUCCGCUAAGAUUGUCUUAACAGUGGCACAAUGCGCUUGGAAUAAUUACUGGGGAAAUGCGACAUGGGUGCGAGUUGGUGAUCUGAAUCUUGUACAAACGAAUGACGACGCGAUGCCGCAAGAUAUUAGAAUUGCAGAAAGAAUAAAGCAUCCUGAAUACAAAACCCGUACGGUGUACAAUGAUAUAGCUAUACUACGAUUGGAAAAAGAAGCUACCUAUAAUGCCUGGGUGAGACCAGCAUGCCUUCCGGUUGAUUUGCCUGAUAUUGGCACGGAUAAUAAGGCCGUUGCUAGUGGAUGGGGUUUAGUUGAUUGGCUUGGCGACACACGCUCAGACAAUUUAUUGAAAGUAACGCUCAAACUGGUCGAUCACGCAACUUGCAAUGCGAGUUUUUGGGAAGACAGCUCCAAUACUAAACUUCCAUUGGGCAUAGUCGACAAGUGGCAAAUAUGUGCGGGAGAAGUAGGAAGAGAUACUUGCCAAGGUGACAGCGGAGGACCACUCGUUAUCUUUAACAAGGAUCAUGAUUGCAUGUACAACAUAAUCGGAAUUACUAGCUUUGGACGAUCGUGCGGCAGCAACAUACCUGGCGUGUACACUCGAGUCUACUAUUACAUCCCCUGGAUAGAGAGAGUCGCGUGGCCGGAAUACUUUUCAGACGAUGAAUCUAAAAUUACUUUUUUAACGUAAAUGUAUUAUUUUUUA